CCUCAUUUUUUAAAGACCUCUGCUUUUGUCCCACUAGAACGGUAGUUGAGAGUUCAAGGUUCAAUAUGUGAAUGAAUAAGUUUUAGAAAUACAGACCUUCUGAACAUUAUUAUAAGUUCUUAGUAGUUAAGACGGGCCAUUUUCCUAACACAAAAAAAGUUAUCCAAAUGAAUUAAUGGCAUUUUUGGCAAAAUAAGGAGUUGCUCAAGAAAUGCAAAUUGUGAAAGGAUUCUUUUUGUUAUUUGGGUUUUUUUUUGUGGGGUGGGGGGAAUCCUAUAGUAUAGGUUAUAAAGAACUAAAAUGCAAGUAUUAUUUUAGAAAACUAAAACAGUGACACCAGAGUUGAGGGAGUUUUUGCAAAAAGAUAUGGCAGGCAGUUUUCUUAAAUAACAGCUUUGUUGAUAUAUAACUCAUAUACCAAUCAAGUAUUUUUUUUAACCUACUUACAUGUUUAUAAUUUUUAAUCCUUAGAUUUACUUAAUUAAAAUAGGAAGUCUUUCACAGAAGUGAACAAUAAACUUUAAUCUUCAUUUUAAGAAAUCAGAUUGUUUUCUUUUUCUAUCCCAGACUCUUUUUCUUCAUUUUGGUAUAUGGCAUUAUGUUUAUUAGUUUAUAUCAAAAUAAGAUUUUGCUAAGGUAACUGUUUAAGGUUUCUUUAUAAUUUUUAUUCUAAUUCAUGAGAUAAACAAUGAAUAAUUAAUCAAACCAUAGGUUUUAUAAUUCAGCCAGAGAAUCUUAAGAAUAAUUGGUGAUUCUUUUGUUAUUUGUUUUUGUAAAAUUGUUACUUUCAGUAAUUAUAUAUUAAUACUUCUAGAAGUAAUACAGUCUCAAGACACUUUUUAGCAUGUGUAGGUAUACCAGCAGAUUAGGCAUGUAAAUAGAAAUGUCUGUUGACUAUCUCUACUAGUUAGAUGACUCUAGGUUUUUAAAAUGGCUGUAAUUUUAGUUAAUAACUUUACGUGAAGUGAUCCAUCUAAUAAACUUUUCUGUUGGAAGAGAGAGACUUAUUAAAUAGUGCUUUGAAUUUUGUGCUAUAGCAGUUAAUAAAUCACAAGUAUCUAACCGGUAUUUGCUAUACUGAAAGAACCUAAUUGAGUGCUAUUUAUAUUAGAGGAGAGGACACGAGAGAGCUAAAUGAAUGUCCUGUAAUCAAAGAAGGACAACCAUGUUUCAAUUUGUUUCAGACAUCUUAAUCACCUAAUAAAAUCAUAGAAUUUCUAAACCAUCGAUAACAACAGACUGUAUAAAAAAAUGAAUUAAAGAAACUGUAAGUUACCAUUUUUGAGUUCCUACUAUGUAAGAGGAAUUGUGGUAGACAAUUUGCAUCAUCAUCAUAUCUCAAUGCUUCCAGGCACAAGCUACCUCUCUUCUUUCCUGCUGGGAUCUAAGUUCUUUUCUUCUUGCUACUGCACUUCAGAGAAUUGUGUGCUGUUAUUUCACUUAAGGAAACUGUAGUUCCUGGACUAAGCAGUGUGUAGGAUAUUGAAUUGGAAAAGCCAUACUCCCCUUUAACUCUGCAAGUUUCAAGAUCUACAAAAUGGGAAUAUGGGGGUACCCGGAUAGCUCAGUCACUUGAGCAUCUGACUCUUGAUUUCGGCUCAGAUCAUGAUCCUGGGGUUGUAGGAUUGAGCCCCACCUCUGGCUCUGCAUGGAUUGUGGAUCCUGCUUAAGAUUCUCUCUCUUUCCCUCCGCCCCUUUCCCCUGCUUGUGCAUGCUCACUCUCUCAAAUUAAAAAAAAAAAAAAGAAAAAAUGGGAAUAUGAUUUCUAGAAGAAUAUUAAGUUUUAAUAAAAGUGAUUCACAACUUAUUUACUAUGUUAGAAAGUAUUUAUAGUUAUAUAAUUUGCAUUUUCUUGAGUUGAAUAAAUUUUGAGAGCCAGUUUGUCUUUGAUUGCUGUCCUAGGUUAACUAGGUAAACAUAUUUCAGAGUUUUGGCCAUUUAUUUAGUAUACUAUUCCUAAAAUUAAACUCAAAACUCAUUACCUGGAAACAUGAUUCACCUAUGUAACCUAUAUAUUGAUGUGGUGAGCUAAAGUAUGAGUUAAUCUUGGUUGUUCCAUAUGGCCAUUUCUACUUUUUCUAGAAAACAGGACCACCUCAGAAGGAAGUCAGAUUCUAGUUACAAACAUGUUGCAAGUACGUUUAAAAACUCUACUCCUCUUGGGGCACCAGGGUGGCUCAGUUGGUUAAGCGGCCGACUUCAGUUCAGGUCGUGAUCUUGCAGUUCGUGGAUUCAAACCCUGCAUCCGGCUCUGUACUGACAGCAACGUGGAGCUUGCUUUGGAUUCUGUAUCUCCCGCUCUCUCUGCCCCUCCCUCUGUAUCUCUGCCCCUCCCCCACUCCUCUUUUGUCUCUCAAAAUUAGAUAAACAUUAACAAUUUUUUUAAUAAAAAAUAAAAACUCUACUCCUUAUUCUGUCUUUUUAUUGUAAUUAUAUAGUAAAUCUAAAUGUAUACAUUUAUACAUACAGAAAUAUAUAUGUAUGUGUAUAUAGAUUUAUGUUAACAUCUGCGCUAUUAAAAUGAAAAGCAUAAACAAACUUGGGCCACAAUGGUUAAUUCAGAAACAAGUACUAAUUCAAGAGGCUAACUGUAUUAUGAAUUAUCGUUGACAAAAAGUACACACAACUUGUUGUUGAUUUAUUCCUUAAAUGUUGUCCGCUUAUAAUUUUUAGCAACAACUUUAUAAAUAACUGCGAUUUAUUCUGUUUCUGUUAGAAAAAGCACAUUUUUAUAUUACCUGAGUCUGUAGAUUAGCAUUUUAAAACUGCUCACAGAUUUUCAACCUUUCAUAGACAAAAUACAUACAUAAAAUAGACACCGUUUCUAUCUGUAUGUAUUUUACACAAUUUCACAUUAACAAAGCAAUGCACAGAAGUGGACUUACUUUCUUAUAUCACCAAUAAGAUUGAUGAUAUCAUAAAUAAAAGGUGUUACCAUACUAAUUGUCAUAAGUAAUUGUUUUAUAACAAUUAGUUGUGUAAAUAUACAAAUAAAGUUAUAUAAAUAGUACUCCAGCUGGGGCAGGAGUGAGGAGAAGGGAUUAGGGUAGGAUACAACAAGAGAUUUCAUCUGUUUCUGUUACUUUUCUUCUCUUAAACAUAAAAUCAUAUGUAGUAAAAUGUUAGCAUUUGUUAAAAUAUGAGCAAAGGAAACAUAAGUAUUAAUUUUAAAUAUUUCAUAUUUUAAAAAACACCAUGUAGCAGUUGAUUAAAGUAAGUCAAAAUGAGGUGCCUGGGUGGCUCUGUCAGUUAAGCGUCUGAUUCUUGGUUUCAGCUCACAUCAUGAUCUCACAGUUCACAGGUUUGAGCCCCGCAUUGGGCUCCACACUGACAGUAUGGAACAUGUUUGGGAUUCUUUAUCUCUUCCUCUCUCUGUGCCUCUCCCCCACUUACACAUACUCUCUCUCUCCCUCCCUCUCUCUCUCUCUCUCUCUCAAAAUAAAUAAAUUUUAAAAAGGUAGAAAUUCGUUUUUAAAAAGUUUAAAAAAAGUAAGUCAAAAUGUCCAAUCAACUAUGUUUUUAAAAAGUAAUAAAGGUGGGGCACCUGGAUGGCUCAGUUGGUUAAGUUUUCGACUCGAUUUCAGCUCGGGUCAUGAUCUCAUGGUUCGUGAGUUCGAGCCCCGCACUGGCUCUGUGCUGAUAGCCUCAAGCCUGCUUGGGAUUCUCUGUCUCCCUCUCUCUGCCCCUGCCCAGCUCUCUCUCAUGCAUGUGCUCUUCUCUCUGUCAAAAUAAAUAAAUAAACAUUUAGAAAGGUAAUAAAGAUAUGAGCUAUAUAGGACGCUUGGUGAACUUAUUUUUGGCAUAAGUGAGGGUACCUUAUCUUUCAUUCAUAAAUGCAAGUAGAUGUCCAUCAGUAGUAUUUAUUUAGCCCACUGAGAUAAAACUCAUUCCCCCCAUGUCAUUCCUUCAUGAAAAGGUGUUACUGUCAAUUAAAUUUAGUCAGAAAAUAAAUGAGAAAGCACCUCAAAGUGCCAGGACUAUACAGGCAUAUUCUAGAUAUCACUCACACACACAUGCACACACACACGUAUUAUAAUAUGGAUUUUGGAAUCUUAAGGAUCUAAUUUGAAUCUCAUUACUAUCAUUUCUAUCAUAUAGACAGAAUUUUGUGGAAGUUAAAUAAAUUUGUAAUAUUGCCCCUGUGAAUAGACAUUGAUACCAACUUUUUCUUAAGGUUAUUAGGAGUAUAAAUAUGUAAAAUGCUUAACAUUACCUAACAAUUAGUGAUCAUUCAGUAAACAUUGACUUUUCUCCCACAUGCGUAUCAUGUGUUCAUUUGUUCAUUUGUAUAAUGUGUAUCAUGUGUUCAUUUGUUCAUGUGUUCACUUGUUAAUAAGGUUUUAAAAAAUAGAUCUUAUUUUUAUAGAAAUAAGGUUUUUAAACUUAUUUUGCUUUUUUCUUUCCAUUCUCAUCCAGUCUGUGUUUUACCUUAUUUUGAAUUUUUGCCUGUCAGCCAAGAUAGAGCCGCUUUUGGGGCAUGGUAUUUACAUUCUGACUUAUUCUUUCAUGUUGACACUCUCUCAAUAGGAGCCCUUGUCUAUAAAACAGACAUUGAUAGAAUAUGAUGAGUCAUAGGGGAACAGACAUUUCCCAAAGGGAUGUUCUGAAAGGUGACUAUUUAAGAGUUCUUCCUCGAAUUCUCUUCCUUUUUUUUUUUUUUUUUUAAGUGAAGUGAUACAUUUGCAUGAUCGGGUAUCAAAACUGCUGGUAGGGCAAUGUAUGACUUACCUUCUAUUUUUUGCUUAGACACUUUGUUUUGUCUGCAGUUGAAUCCAGUAUCUACUCUAAUACAGACCCAGAUGUAAAAUCUGAUUAAUUAUAUUACAAGAUUUUAAUGAUACAAAUACUAUUUUCUUUCCCCUUUUUGGUCUCCUAGUCUAAAACAAAGAAAUGUGAAGACAUUGGACUAGAGUUGGCAGGAGUACCUUUAUUAUUUAAUCUAAAUAAAGUGUAUUAUAUGAUGAAGCAUUGAGGUGACCUUCAAAUAGCAUCCUUCAGACUUGUUCUUUUUAAUUCUUAUCUAAAUUAAUAUAGUGAUAAUCUCUGUUGUUGUCUUAACAUUCCCUUUCAAGUAGUAAAAUGAUUGUCUUUUUUUUUUUUCCCCUGUACUUCUUGGAGUUUUUGACAUUGUGAUAAAUAUAGUUAUCAGCUAGUGUAAGUACUCCCUGUUGUGUUUAAUCUACUUGAGGCAAAGGAUUUGUUCUGGGCUUUAGUCUCUUCAUCCAGUAUUGACCAGUGAUGCUGCCCAGUAGUACUGAAAUCACUGGAUCAUAGAAAGCAUCUUUCUUUUCCAAUAGGAAAUGAUUUAAAAAAAAUUGCAGGGGCGCCUGGUGACUCAGUGACACGUCCAACUCUUGGUUUCGGUUCAGGUUGUGAUUUUAUGGUUCGUGAGUUCAAGCCCCAGGUUGGGCUCUGCACUGACAGCGAAGAGUCUGCUUGGGGUUCUCUCUCUCUCCCCACCACCCCCACCUCUGCCCCUCCACUGCUUACUUUCUCUCUCUCUUCUCAAAAUAAAUAAAUAAACUUAAAAAAAUUUUUUUAAUAAAAACAAAAAAACCUCCACCAAAUUGCAUAAUAUAUACCUAGUACAUGUCUUACACCAUGCUUAGAUAUAUUUAAAAUAUUGCUAUAAAUGUCAGGACACUUACAAUUUUUCUAAACAUUUUAUUUUUCAGGAAACAUUCUUUAAUAAAUAUUUUGUGAAUAUAUUAAUGUCACUCUGUCAAGGUAAAAAUAAUUAUUUUAGGAGAAUUUAGAUUAAAAAUAGAAUAAUUAUUGUGUAGUAUUAGAACCCUGACUGGCAAUUUCUUGGCCUGGGGAAGAAAAAGAUGGUUUCCAAUAAAUCAGUAACAAACAUUUCAGCUUCAGCAACAGUGCUAAUUAUUUUUUAAAAUAGAGCCUCUAGGAUCAAAAAUUUAUGUAGUUUAAAAGUGAAAAUUGGUAACUUUUUUUUAGGGGUAUAAAGAAGUAUGUGAAAGUUGGCCUGAGAAAUGAAAAGAUGCUUUUUCUGCUAAAAUACAGAUUAUGUCUUUCUGCUUGAGUGUAUUGGUCAGAGCAUAUUCUCUUCUACUCUAUAAGAGAAUUUGGGUAAAGGCACAGCCUAAAAACAUCUGAGAAAGAGAGCAUUCUGGCUUAUGGAUUAGAUUGCAUUAGUAAACAGGAGAACAAAUUGGUGAAUAUGAGUUAACAAAAAUUUUGGAUAAGAAAUUUUUCCACAUGGCAUUUAUUUGGAUGUUGAUAAUUUAAUUUUUUUUAAAGUUUGUUUUAAAACAUUGCUUAUUGUGGCAUGUAAACUUAUGUUGGGUGGGAAAAGUACAAAUGGGAAAUUGAAAUUGGUAAACAUGUAAAUUAAAUGAUCAACCCUACAAUUUUUGUUUUUUGCUUUUGCUUUUGGUAAAGUAAUCUGGAUUGCUUAUUUUAUAUGCUGGGAUGCUAGUUGUUUUUUCUAUUAAUACACUUAACUUGCAUUCUAGCUUCGCCAUUCAGAGACAGGCAUCGUGUGGUGGGUUGUGUGACAGUGUCUGUCAAUAGUGAAGACAAAUAGUGCCAGAGACACUUAACCCAUCCAAUCUCACCCAGGGUAUAGGAUUUGCCUCUGAAGCAGGGAGUGUCUGCAUUAAAAAUGACCUGUAGUUCUCUGCUUCAUAGAUGCUUCUUCAGCUCCCUCCUCUUCCUCCAUGGGCGGUGCUUGCAGCUCCUUUACCACCUCUUCCAGCCCUACCAUUUAUUCUACCUCAGUCACCGACAGCAAGGCUAUGCAAGUGGAGAGCUGCUCCUCAGCCUUGGGGGUAAGUAACAGAGGGGUAAGUGAAAAGCAGUUAACCAGUAACACAGUUCAGCAGCAUCCAUCAACACCGAAGAGGCACACAGUCUUGUACAUCUCACCACCACCUGAGGACUUGCUGGAUAACAGUCGGAUGUCCUGCCAGGAUGAGGGGUGUGGAUUGGAAUCAGAGCAGAGCUGCAGUAUGUGGAUGGAGGAUUCCCCCUCCAACUUCAGUAACAUGAGCACCAGUUCCUACAAUGAUAACACUGAGGUACCUCGUAAAUCACGAAAACGAAAUCCAAAGCAGAGGCCGGGGGUCAAACGACGAGAUUGUGAAGAAUCUAAUAUGGAUAUAUUUGAUGCCGACAGUGCCAAAGCACCUCACUAUGUGCUUUCUCAGCUUACCACGGACAACAAAGGCAACUCAAAAGCAGGAAAUGGAACAUUGGAAAACCAAAAAGGCAGUGGAGUAAAGAAGAGCCCUAUGUUGUGCGGACAGUAUCCUGUUAAAAGUGAGGGAAAGGAGCUGAAGAUAGUUGUACAGCCUGAGACCCAGCACCGAGCUCGGUACCUGACUGAGGGUAGCCGUGGCUCAGUAAAGGAUAGAACACAGCAAGGCUUUCCUACAGUAAAGCUGGAGGGCCAUAAUGAGCCAGUAGUGUUGCAAGUGUUUGUGGGCAAUGACUCUGGUCGAGUGAAACCACAUGGAUUUUAUCAGGCCUGCAGGGUAACUGGGCGAAAUACAACUCCCUGUAAAGAGGUGGACAUUGAAGGCACUACUGUUAUAGAAGUUGGCCUUGAUCCAAGCAACAACAUGACAUUGGCGGUGGACUGCGUAGGGAUAUUGAAAUUGAGGAAUGCUGAUGUUGAAGCCAGAAUAGGAAUUGCUGGUUCCAAGAAAAAAAGCACUCGUGCAAGAUUGGUUUUUAGAGUUAAUAUCACAAGGAAAGAUGGCUCCACUUUGACACUGCAAACACCCUCCUCUCCGAUUUUAUGUACUCAGCCAGCAGGAGUGCCAGAAAUCUUAAAGAAAAGCUUGCAUAGCUGUUCAGUGAAAGGAGAAGAAGAAGUAUUUUUAAUCGGCAAGAACUUUCUGAAAGGAACUAAAGUUAUUUUCCAAGAAAAUGUUUCUGAUGAAAACUCUUGGAAGUCAGAAGCUGAAAUUGACAUGGAAUUAUUUCAUCAGAAUCAUCUUAUUGUAAAGGUUCCCCCAUAUCAUGACCAGCAUAUAACUUUGCCAGUAUCCGUGGGAAUAUAUGUAGUGACCAAUGCUGGAAGAUCUCAUGAUGUUCAGCCAUUCACUUACACUCCAGACCCAGCAGCAGCUGGUGCUUUGAAUGUAAAUGUGAAGAAAGAAAUAUCUAGUCCUUCAAGACCUUGCUCUUUUGAAGAGGCCAUGAAAGCAAUGAAAACUACUGGUUGUAACUUAGAUAAGGUAAAUAUUCUUCCCAGUGCUCUGAUCACUCCACUCAUAUCAAGCAGUAUGAUUAAGAGUGAAGAUGUUACUCCAAUGGAAGUAACAGAAAAAAGAUCUUCCCCUAUUUUUAAGACUACAAAGACAGUUGGAUCAACUCAACAAACAUUAGAAAAUAUCUCUAACAUAGCAGGAAAUGGGUCUUUUUCAUCAUCAUCAUCUUCCCACUUACCUUCUGAAAAUGAAAAGCAGCAGCAGAUUCAGCCCAAGACCUACAACCCAGACACCCUGACAACUAUCCAGACACAGGACAUUUCACAGCCUGGUACCUUUCCAGCAGUUUCUGCUUCUAGUCAGCUGCCCAACAGUGAUGCACUACUGCAGCCGGCUACACCAUUUCAGACAAGAGACACUCAGUCCAGAGACGUAUUACAGUCUGAUGGCACAGUGGUUAAUUUGUCACACCUGACUGAGUCAUCCCAGCAACAGCAGCAGUCACCACUACAAGAACAAGCACAGACUUUACAGCAGCAGAUGUCAUCAAAUAUUUUCCCAUCCCCAAACAGUGUGAGUCAGCUACAGAAUACGAUUCAGCAUUUGCAAGCCGGAAGUUUUACGGGCAGUACUGCUAGUGGCAGCAGUGGAAAUGUUGACUUGGUCCAGCAAGUUUUAGAGGCACAACAACAGUUAUCUUCAGUUUUGUUUUCUGCUCCAGAUGGUAAUGAGAAUGUUCAAGAACAGCUUAGCGCAGACAUUUUUCAACAAGUCAGUCAAAUUCAAAACAGCGUAAGCCCUGGAAUGUUCUCCUCAACAGAGCCAACAGUCCAUACUAGACCAGAUAAUUUAAUAGCUGGAAGAGCCGAAAGUGUUCACCCACAGAGCGAAAACACAUUAUCCAAUCAGCAACAGCAACAACAGCAGCAGCAAGUGAUGGAAUCAUCAGCUGCAAUGGUGAUGGAGAUGCAACAGAGUAUCUGUCAGGCAGCUGCCCAGAUUCAGUCGGAGUUAUUUCCUUCACCGGCUUCAGCAAAUGGAAACCUUCAGCAAUCUCCAGUUUACCAGCAGACCUCUCACAUGAUGAGCGCAUUAUCUACCAACGAAGACAUGCAAAUGCAGUGCGAAUUGUUCUCUUCUCCCCCUGCAGUUUCUGGAAAUGAAACUACUACAACCACCACACAGCAGGUUGCCACCCCUGGCACUACCAUGUUUCAGACAUCAAGUUCAGGAGAUGGAGAAGAGACUGGAGCACAAGCCAAGCAGAUUCAGAACAGUGUCUUUCAGACCAUGGUCCAAAUGCAACAUAGUGGGGACAGUCAACCUCAAGUAAACCUUUUCUCAUCUACGAAAAGUAUGAUGGGUGUUCAGAAUAAUGGUACUCAGCAACAAGGUAAUGGUUUAUUCCAACAAAGUAAUGAGAUGAUGUCCCUCCAAUCUGGGAAUUUUUUGCAGCAGUCUUCUCAUUCACAGGCUCCACUUUUUCAUCCCCAAAAUCCUAUUGCUGAUGCUCAGAACCUUUCCCAGGAAACUCAAGGUUCUAUUUUUCAUAGCCCAAGUCCUAUUGUUCACAGUCAGACUUCUACAACGUCCUCGGAACAAAUGCAGCCUCCGAUGUUUCACUCGCAAAGUACCAUGGCUGUGCUACAGGGCUCUUCUGUUCCUCAAGACCAGCAGUCAGCCAACAUAUUUCUUUCCCAGAGUCCAAUGAAUAAUCUUCAAAGUAACACUGUAGCCCAAGAAGAACAGAUUUCAUUUUUUGCAGCUCAGAACUCAAUUUCUCCGCUUCAGUCCACAUCUAACACUGAGCAGCAAGCUGCUUUUCAACAGCAGGCUCCAAUAUCACACAUCCAGACCCCUAUGCUUUCCCAGGAACAGGCCCAACCCUCCCAGCAAGGUAUAUUUCAGCCUCAGGUGUCCCUGGGCUCCCUUCCUCCAAAUCCAAUGCCUCAAAACCAACAAGGAACAAUUUUCCAGUCACAGCGCUCAAUGGUUGCUAUCCAGAGUAACUCUCCAUCCCAGGAACAGCAGCAGCAGCAACAGCAGCAGCAGCAGCAGCAGCAGCAGCAACAACAGCAGAGCAUUUUAUUCAGUAAUCAGAACACCAUGGCUACAAUGGCAUCUCAGAAGCAGCCACCGCCAAACAUGAUAUUCAACCCAAGUCCAAAUGCGCUGGCUAACCAGGAGCAACAGAAUCAGUCCAUCUUUCACCAACAAAAUAAUAUGGCCCCCAUGAACCAAGAGCAGCAGCCCAUGCAAUUUCAGAACCAGCCUACAGUUUCCUCUCUUCAGAACCCAGGUCCUACCCAGUCUGAGUCGCCACAGACUUCUUUGUUCCAUAGCUCUCCUCAGAUUCAGUUAGUCCAAGGGUCACCCAGUUCUCAAGAGCAGCAAGUAACACUGUUCCUCUCUCCAGCAUCCAUGUCUGCUUUGCAGACCAGUAUGAACCAACAAGACAUGCAGCAGUCUCCUCUUUAUUCCCCUCAGAACAACAUGCCUGGAAUCCAAGGAGCCACAUCUUCACCUCAACCACAGGCUACUUUAUUUCACAACACUACUGGAGGCACAAUGAACCAACUACAGAAUUCUCCUGGCUCAUCUCAACAGACUUCAGGAAUGUUCUUAUUUGGCAUUCAAAAUAACUGUAGUCAGCUUUUAACUUCUGGACCAGCUACAUUGCCAGAUCAGUUGAUGGCCAUAAGUCAGCCAGGCCAACCACAGAAUGAGGGCCAGCCACCUGUGACAACACUUCUUUCUCAGCAAAUGCCAGAGAGUUCUUCACUAACGUCCUCUAUAAACACCAACCAGAACAUUGAAAAGAUUGAUUUGCUUGUUUCAUUGCAAAACCAAGGGAACAACUUGACUGGCACCUUUUAACUGGAUAAAAAUUCCAUGAAGAAAAUUCUGAUUCCAAGAUGUCCUGAGAUCAUGUGAUUCCAUGAGGAUUUUUGAACUGUUACUUUAAAAACAAAACAAAGUAUGAAAAACUGUGAUUGAGUAAAUGGAUAGAUUUUACUCUCACUGCAAAAAAGCACACCUGUGCUGCCUGUUGCAGUGAUUAGCCACCGUUGUUAACAUCUUAAUAUUUUAUAUUCCUAAUAACAGUGAUGACUGAGAAUCUAUUUGAGUUUCCAGCUGACAGAAUUAAUUGUUGCUAUUUUCCUAGGCGCUAUUUCUUUGAAAGUAUAGUUCAAAUUCAAAAGCUGGACUGCUCAGUUAUUAUUGCUAUUAGAAAAUAGUUCAUAUUGUCAUGUUUACUUUUGUUCUUCAUUCAUAUUUUCUUACCUGCAUUGUUUUAGUCAAGUAAUGGCUUUUGAAAAAGGAAAGUUCAAAUAGUAACUAAAAGUAAGGCUGUGGUUUUCCAAUAUAAAAAGCACAGCUAUUGGCCAAAAUGAAGGAAUCUUUUUUCAGUUUUUAUGGAGAAACUGAAGGGGUAACAUUCUGACAAGUUAACUGUAGUAAGAGCUCUACACAGAUAAGAGGCCUCUUUAUUACAAAGGCAGACAACACACAAUCUAGGAACAGCUGAAAUGCUAUUGAUUUUAUUUUCCAGAGAGUUGUUCAUUCUCUGUGUUUCUAUUAAGGGUUUUAGCCAUACCUGUGCAGGGAAGAAUAAUUAUCUUGCUCUAUCAAAAAAAUGAAGGGGUUAAUACAUGGUAAAUUGUGUUCUGAUAUCCUCCUAUAGCAGUUAAAACUGACAGAGCAACUUCAGUCUGUUUUCUUCUUAUCCCCGUCUUGGACCGGUGUUCCCUUUUUAUGUUCAUUUUUAUUAUUCUCCCCCUCUUCUUCACUUUAUUUUAGACAAUUAGUAAUAUACUACGAGCUUUGUGACCCUGUAGCAACUUAAAGGGAAAGGCCGCUUUGGUCUGGGGUAACCCAGCAACUCCUGCAGCACAGGCAGGGUGGGGGGGCCACUCUUUUAGGAGUGAGGGGAGCUGAUUCCUGAGAAACAAGAAACAAUGCAUUUUUUCCCCAUGAACGGUGCUGUCCUGAAGUCUUCAAAUUUUUCCCUCUAAUAGGAAACAGUGUACAUUUUAAUUAAAAAAAAAAAAAAAAAGCAAACUAAAAUUUCUUGAAACAUCACUUCUCCCUAAACUGCAGUGGGUGUAAUUCACUUGUCACCUCAGUGCUUUACAGUUUGAAGUGGUCACUUAUCUGAUGGUUCCCACAAGCCUUAGGCUUUACAGGGUCAUAUCAUUGACUUAAAAUGAAGAAUUAACUUGUGUUACAUCUCUAGAGAGCAAAAUUACACACUCCAGAAUUUGCAGUUGCAGUUGUAGCAUUAGUUACACAGUUUUGGGUGUUCUUGCCACCCACGGGAUGCCUGCUUCUCACGACAACCUGUCGUUUGGGCACGUGCUUACGUCUCGUUUUCCUUUUGGCAUGUAGAAAGCUGUUUAUACAGUUUAAGGCCAAAUUGUGUGUGGCUUCUAUAUGUAGAUAAGAUGUUUUGGUAUUCAUGUCUGUUUCAUUUAUUUUUAUUAAGUGUACAAAAAAAAUAGCCUGUUAAUUAUUUGUUGAAGGCUACUUUUCUGUUGUGGUUUUUUUUUUUUUUAAUUUGUUUUCUAUCCUAUACAUGUAGUUGAACUUUGUGGAAUUGUGGUGUUGGUUUUGUUUAUACAGCCAGAUUUUUUCCCCCUUUUUGUGGUCCUCCUUAGUUCUUUGAAUGUGCUCUUCUCCUAAUUUGUUUUUUCUCUUUGUUCUUAUAUAUUCUUCCCUCCACCCUGACCCUUUCUUUCUUUCUCUCUCUGAUUGAGAGGCAUUGAAUUACGUUUUCAGUAGUACAGGCUUCUUGCCGAUAUGAAGGGAACUUUUCAGAAAGAGACCUACUCUGGGUCAUUUACUUUUGAAUACAGUUUUCAAUCGUUCAAGUUUUGGAUGGUUUAUAUCUAAUGUGUGUUUCAUUUUUUUGGAAAGCUAUAUUUUGUAUUUAGGAAAUGGUAUACUAUUUUGCUAUUUGUACUGAGUGAGUACAUUGGCAUAAAUAUAGAAAUUUAUAUAUAUACAUAUAUAUAAACUAUUCUUUUUUUGCCACACAUUUUUGUGGUAAAUUUGUGAGUUUGUCUGAUGUUCUACCACAACGUGGCGUCUGAUAACAGUGAGGGGGGGUUUGUUAUGUCUUUAUUGAGUAUUUAAGUAUCUUUUGAAACAAAUGACCUGUUCAUCUGUGGCCAUUCCAUCAGGCAGUUCCUUGAUGUUAUUAGUGGGCUAAAGGCAGCUUACUGUGUGUUUGCUGGAUCUUUCACUCAGCAAAAUGUUAGAGUAAGGAAACCCAUCAGGCAAUUGUGUCAGAUGGUGUUUCAUGAGAAUGAGCCAUUCAGUCUUUGCUCACUAUAUAUUUAAUAUUUUAUUGUUGUUAUUGUUAUUAUUAAUUGGCUUUCUGUAUUCUAUGCCUUUUAUUUAUAAUAACACUAAAAAAAACCACAAACCAUGUUUGUAAUUUUAAUAACGUUUUCCCCAUCUUGUAAUAUCCAGAGCUACUUUAUAGAUUCUCUGAACCAAAAGCAUUUUCCUCAAUAGAUCAUCUCUCCCCACCGCAUCAGGGAAAAUUACCCAGUAUAGUUCAGGUUAUGAGAAGGACCAGCCACACAAUCCAGUGCUUCAGUUUUAACAUGUAAAACUCUAACUGCAGAGGUAUAAAGAGGUAUAAAAAGCUUACCCAGCAGGUAUAAAAAUAAGAAGUAGAAGUAAAAUACUGUAAGUUUAUUUCUGAGUUUUCUGACUUUUUUUCUAAGAGAUUACACAGGAGACUCAGGAAGUCUAUUUGCUCACCAAGUUUCAACUAGAAUGUUUCUUAGCACUGCUCUGUGGAUGAAGUGGUGGCAAGAAGACUGGCUUGUGUGCUGACUUCUGUUCUGUUGUUUCGCAAGAGGCUUAUCAUCGUAAAAUGCUGAUCGCCAAUGCCAAGUUACCAGGGACCAAUUUUCUGUUUUAUAGUAUCUAAGUUUAGAACAGAACAUACACCUGAACUGUAGUGGCUUGAUUGGAUGGAGGCAGAAAACCCAAAUUUUAUUUUCAUAAAUUUUGUGGUUAUUUAUACAAGGGCUGUGCUAUGCUACCACAUUCUUAUUCAAUAAUGAUGGAUAUUUUUUUUUAACAUCGUUAAAUGUUCCCUACCCCUAAAGGUCACUGUUAAGUACAGCAUUCUGACUAUUUGGUUACAAAAGACAUUUGUCUUCUUACUGAAGAGUUAGCUCAGUGGUCAGUGGUUGAUACGUGUGCUAAUAAUACAAUUUCCAGAUUAAUGUUACAAAUAAUAGCGAUCUAUGAGAGAGACUCCGUGAGCCAGCAAAGGCCUUGGAAGCAACAAUUUAUUAAAUUUAUUUAUGGCAGAAGGACCUAAAUAAACUCUGAACCUUUUUUUAGUCUUUUAUAUUGUUAUAUUCAGUUGCUCUUGCUUUUAGCAAAUCACCUUACUGCUUGGAGCUUAUCUUUCUGUGUGUGUGUGUAUGUGUGUGUUAUUCCUUAUUGUCAUUCCAUGAUAUAUCCACACCAACAGGGGAGAAGACAACUAGAAAUCAUAUUUGCCUCAGAGCUUUAUCAUGUUACCUUUGUAAUUAGAGCAGCCAAUGCAAAUCAGUUUUUGCCAGACUCUCUGGAACAGGUUUUUAAAGGGCUUUAUUUAUUAUAAAAAGCAGAAUUAAUGAGGGACCCCCCCUUUCUUCCUUUCUUUUUGUGGUAAUUUUGUCUAUGCUGUAGUUGAGAAUUUCAUUAUAGUGCAUUUCUUAUCCAUCAGAACCUCAGUUAAUCUGCCUAGGAAAAAUAAUGUCAAAGCAAAUGAGAAAAAAGUUCUGAGUCCCCCUAGAACUAAAGUAAUAAUUCUUUUUGGCCAUCUAAACUGUUUUGGACACUUGUUUUAGAAGAGUGAAAUCUGUUUAGACAGAUCAAUAAUUAAAGACCAGAAUUAAAUGCUUUAAUAAUCAAAGUCUCAAAUUAAACGUGACUUAUAAAUACUCACUAGGAGUAAUUUGAGAAUUAUUCAUCAUUCUGAUGAAAAUUUCUGUUCUAAGAUUUAUUGAUUUUUUUUCUAAUUAAUUGAAAACUUGAUGAGGUCUGUUAGCUUUAGUUUCAAAAAGUUUCAAAAAACUUUUUUGACAAAAAAGUUAUGACCACAGGCUUCAUCCCUAACCUGUACAGCCAUGUUCUGUCUGCACACCUUACUUAUUUGGAGGGACUCCAUGAAGACAAAGACUGUAUAGUUCAGCAGCUCUAUUAGGAAAAAAACUCAGAGCACAUUCCCUACUAAGUUAGGUAUAUCCAUAUUAAAAAGAGGUUUUCUCCUCCGCUUAUUUGUGUCACUAGAGCUAAAUCGUGGACAUAAUGUUCACAAUGCAGUAAAUAUCAGAGUAAUUCCUAUAGUAUCAUUUGUGAAUUGCCUCAGUACUCUAAUUAAUUCUUUAAUUCCCAUUUAUUUUCAUGCCAUUCUAGCCUCAUUCAUUAAUAAAAUUCUAUUUUUACUCCACUAUCUCUCUCAGAAAAAAAUUUUUAAUUAAUAUUUUAUAUCUAGACUAAAUGCAUAUGGAAAAGUGCCUUUCUACCAUAAUAGUGCCCCUUUCUUGUAAUUUCAUUUUUCACUAUUGCCAAAAACAAAUAAAUUAUUUCAGUAGGCCCCAUCUUUCAAUUAUUUCAUUUAGCAUUCUUUUCUCUAUUUUUCUAACACCAGAGAAAACAGCUUCAUAAAGUCUCUCCCUUUGGCAUAAGAGUAACAGAGAGAUACAUUGCUAGAAUUGUUCCUUUGGGGGAGGGUAAAUAAUAGAUUAUAGAAUUAGGGGCGCCUGGGUGGCCCAGUCGCUUAAGCGCCAACUGUGGCUCAGGUCAUGAUCUCACAGUUCAUAAGAUCCAAGCCCUCCAUCGGGCUCUGUGCUGACAGCUCAGAGCCUGAAGCCUGCUUCGGAUUCUGUGACUCCCUCUCUCUCUCUCUCUGUCCCUCCCCUGCUCACACUCUGUCUCUGAAAAAUAAAAUAAACAUUAGAGUUACAGUGUUGAGGCUUUAUAUAAAUUAUCUAAAUUUGACUUCAUCUCGACCAACUAAUGAUAGGUCUUAUCUGAAUGCUAAUGAAAAUUUUAUUGUCUGUGAGACUCCAUGCACACAAAUGUUUGUAGUUAAAUUUCAGGAAGGAAGUAUUUAAAACAUCUUCUCUCAUCUUACUUAGAUAAAAAUAAAUCACUGACACAAAAUUUAGAUAAAACCUGGUAAAGUCAAUUUUUCUAACUAGACAACGCCAUGGAAUUUGUCGUAGUGCACUUCUUGCCUAUCAGAACCUUUGUAAUCUCUAUGAAAAAUAGUGUCAAAGAAAAUGAAGAAGUUAUAUUGGAAUCCCUGUAGAACAAAGGUAAUAAUUCCUUUCAACAAGAUACAGUUGGAUUGACUGUCCCUCUGGUUUUGUUAUUUUGCCUCUGUCCUGGCUCCUGGCUGCAGUGGUGGUGCUGAAAGAGAGGGCAUCACAGUGGCAGCUUUGGGAUAGAGCUUCUUUCCCCCUGGGUAUUUCUUUGACUUAGUGGCACUGAAAACUGCAGGCUUUUAUGCAAUAUUCUUAAUACCCUAAUGAUAUUAUGCACUUUAAUCAUUCCAAAGAAGUUAAGAAUGCUGUAUAGUGAUGAUUCCUUCUUAAUGAAUACAUCUUAACUAUUUGUAUCCCUUUUUAUUUUGGAUAGUCAGCUUGGUGUAAGUGUUCUGUGAAUAUUUUCUAAAAUGACUGUAUCGUACGACUUAAGACUUUGAAAUGUAAUUGACUAUGUGGAGAAAUGAUUACACUUCAGCAAACGAUUUUAGAAAUAUUAAUGUUCAGCUUGCUAAUGUAUAUGUUUGAGACUUAAUUAAAAUCAGCCCUCUUCCAGUAUUUUGUGUUUUGUCUGUGAGAACAUUGUAGUGUAUAGUUUUUUACAUAUAGAGUGUAACCAGUGGUUUUCAAAAUAUGGUCCUCAGCCCACCAGCCAGCAUCAGUAUCACUUGGGAACUAGGUAGAAAUGCACAUUCUGGAGCCCUGUCAUAGACAUACUGAAUCAGAAACUUUGGAAUGGGGCCUAGCAAUCUGUGUUUUAACAAGCCCUCCAGGUAAUUCUGAUAUAUGCUCAAGCGUGAAAACCACUGGUGUAAAUGGUAUACAGUAAGAUCUAGAAAGGUUUUUCCCCCUACUCAUACAAAUAGUUAUAUAUUGUUCUUUAUGUAAAUUCAGCUUAACCUGGUUAUCCGUAAUCAUUUAUUGGCAAUGAUAAGUUAUUCUUAGUACUGCCUACAGAAAUAUAGUAUAUUUUAUAUACAUAUACGCUUAGUCUAGUUAUUGAUAAUUCAGUUAACUUAGUUUGGCUUUUCCUACCAUUUACUAAAAAGUUUACAUUAAAUGACUGAUUUAACUAUAUAGGUGCAAUCUUCUAUAUUUCUUUUAAUUGUUAUGACAUUUAAGUAGCUAAAACAAUUGGGUGCUACAGUCUCCUGUUUAUCCAUAAAAUGGGUACCUUGUGGGCAGUGAUAACACAAGCUUUCUUUUCAUUGCCUCUUACUUUACCAGCAGACCACAAUUUUGGUCUGGCUAGACCAACUCUCGGAACAUCAUUCCUUGUAUUUAUAUUUGUAUCUGAGAUAUUAAAUAAGAUGGCUGGCCAGGUCAACAUAGCACCUUAUUUAAUUUCUUUUUUAAAUCAAUAAAACUUAUUUAAAAGUAGCUUGGUUUGUAUGAGAACUGAUGCAGUAGAGAUACAGCUAUCCUUGGAACUUACGCUUCAGACCCGCAUUAUUUACUAAAACAAAUAUUGGACAAGACAGUGCAUUAUUAAUCUGGGCAUUUCUCCCUUCCCAAUUAUAUGCCUCAUGGUAAAUAUAAACUAACAAGAUAAGUAGAUUUAUUUGUUCAUUUUAAUUUCAUGUGUAAUUUAGUACCUCCAUAAUUGCUGUAAUCUUCCUUCCACUGUUUACAAAUCACCAAUUAAUUAACUCAUGGAAGAAAAAUGCACACUCAAAUUAAAAAUAAUUGUAUAUUCACUUUAUAAAAAUCACCACUGCUGUCUUUGCUUAACACUAGCAGUGGAAGUGUAAGUGGCUUACUCUACAAACCUUGGUGCUGGCAACACUUAGGCAAACUGUGGGGAGAUGCUUUAGGUACAUUCCUCCUUUCUUGUUCCCUUUCCCCUCUUCCCCAGUUGCUUGCAUAAUGUAUUCCUGUGCCCAAAGAAUUCUGUCAUGGUUCUAUUUGACUCCAACUUGUAGUGUCUCUUUUAGAAGCCCCAUGUUUAGCCAUAUUAUCCCUGCUCUUUUUCUUCCCCAGAAGAAAUUUGGUGUGAAAUAGUUUAUAGAGUUUGCUUAUUAUUUUACCUAAUGAACCUCAGGACAACACGCACACACAUAUACAUACACACACACCGUCUCAGAUGUUUGAGGGUGGCUUUGGAAUCAAACUAAUGAGUCCAAUGAAGAACUGUCCUGCACUGAAGGGUUUAUGACUUUAGUAGCUACAAACUGAUUCCAGUGACAUUGAGUUAAUUUCUUUUGAGCUAAUGAAUGUAUCUGCUCGCCUUGUUUCCUUCUAAUUGAUAAGCUCCAAGUAGUUGCUACUCUUUUUGGACAAUUUGACUGAGUUUUAUUCACUUGUUUUAUUAGUCUUUUAACAUAUUGCACAUAUUUCAUUAACCCAUUCUCAAGUGGUUUAGCUACCAUUCUGCCAUUAAAUUUUUUUAAUUUAAUUUUAUUUGCUUGAGCACACUGAUCAACCACUGAACUGCCUUCUUCCAUUGUCCUGCAAUGAAAUAAGGAUUACAUUUUUGUGUAUAUGGCUUUCAUAGUUGAGAUUUCAGAGCACUGACACCAGAUAUUUUCAGUUUGUUCUCUGGGGGAAUUUCAUUUGCAUCUAUGUUUUUAGCUAUCUGUGAUAACUUGUUAAAUAUUAAAAAGAUAUUUUGCUUCUAUUGGAACAUUUGUAUACUCGCAACUAUAUUUCUGUAAACAGCUGCAGUCAGAAAUAAAACAUUGAAAGUUUUCA